AUGGAAAGUUGUAUCCAGGGGGAUAAAGCUCUUGACUCAUCAACCAAACCCGUUCCCGUUCUCAAAAAAGUUGAUACCUUGGUCAAGAAAAUCACACCUCUUCGCGAAUUUACAAAUAUUGGGACAUCAAAGCAUAUUAAAGAUAAAUUUGGUGAGGAAGUUCCAACUCUUGGACAGAAGUGGUGGUCAAAUAGUACAGCUGAUCCUCCCGCCAAAGGCGUUCACGAAGCAAGGCAUUGUCCAGAAAAUUGCAUCACCUUUGACACCAGAUAUACCAUCAACUACUACAACGAAGAAGGUGUACCAAUUGAAAGUCCUAUCGAGGAUCCUAUCGAAGAACCUAUCCGAGUAAAGAAGUUAAUGUGGAACAGAGAAAGGACCUCUGAGCCCGCUGAUACUGUUCAUCUCGCCGACGAUCUUAUCAAAAUGGAACCAGAUACCUUAAGUCACCCAGGACAAUCCGACACUAACGAUCAAUUUGAUGACAAUUCUAAUCUUGGUCCCCCACCUAUCAUAAAUCAAUUCGUAGACGAGUCUACUACAAUGCAAGUCAUCAACCACCAAGAGAAGCUAGCAACCAGUGGCAGCUUUGACAUCAGUUCCGAAAUCAGUCACUCAGCCGUCGAAAAUGAACGUGCGGGAGGAUCCUUCACUGCCAUGCCGGUCUCUGGCGACCGGGAGAAAUCUGCCAUAGAUAACAGUUUCGGAAACAAAAUCUCUAACACGAUGCGAAAUUUGGCUGCCAAAGGACUACAGGUGGUCAAUGAUUUAGAUGAGAAAGCUGCUGCUCGCGCUCAAUUUUUCGAUGACACAGACGAUCAAUAUACAAAUGAUCACAUUGCGGCGAUGACUGCGACCAGGCGCCAUGACAAGUCUUCAACGAGUAGCAGUCUGGGAAGCAGAGUCUCUAGCACCAUGCGUAACCUGGCUGAAGUUGGAUUACAAGUUAUUCAUGAUCUAGAUGAGAAAGCCGCUCGUCACGCUAGGUUCUCCUUGGAUAGUCCAAUUCCAAUGGAACCAGAGCCAGUAGUUGCAAAUCAAACAAAUCCCUUCGAAAAGUUUCUACACACCAUCAAGCGACGGGGUGCACAUAGAAAGACAACCAGCUGCGACAUGCCUAGAAAUCGUAUUGAAGGAGGCUUGUUUGAUUCACCCAUCGCUUUGCAGAGACCUGGCCACAGAAAGUCCUUAUCGGGCAGCUCCUAUGGGUUUGUGAAUAACAUGAAGAGUGUUGGAACCAGUCUUGCAAGUUUCAGUAUUGCACCACGUUCCAGAACAGGCAUGUCCUCUCGUCAUCAACGCACUGACUACAGCAGUAGAGCAUCCUAUGCUGGAAGAGCUUCUGAAGAUAACGGAAAUUGCUUAUCACGGGCAUUUAUCCUCGAUAAGGAGGUAAUGAAGCGCAUGGAACAACGUCAAGGCGUCAUUGAGGAGAUUCUAUCCACCGAAAAAGUUUACCUCGAUGAUGUUCAAGCUCUCAUACGUGUUUUUGACGGUCUCCUAAUCGCCAUCCCUAUUCUCUCGCAGAGCUUACGCAAGUCCAUUGUCAUUACUCUCAAGGACAUCUGGAACCACAAUAAUCAGCUCUAUAAUGAACUCGUCACAGUUGUGGCCAAUACAAAUAAGUCUUCUGGGGUAGGAGUGGUUAAUCCACCAAAUCACCCGCCAGUGAAGGGACACAAGAGAUGGCAAAGUCUAGGGGAAGCACCUGCUUCGAAUUCUACUGAAAGCCGUGGUCGACACAUUGGUGAUCCGAAGGUUGCGGGAGAGAUUGCAAAGGUCUUUUGCGGAAAGAUCCGGGGAUUGUUCUUGUAUGAAUCGUACGGAAUCAUGCAUAGUGAGGUUAUGAAGCAAAUCCAUACAUCAUAUAGAACCACGGAUGAAUGGAAAGAUUUCAAUCAAGCAAUCAGAUCAACUGAGGAAAUGAUCAUCUCUACUGAUAAUCGAGAGAAUGGCUCCCGCAAAGGAAGACAUUUUGAUGAUUACUUCAUUAAGCCUAUCCAUCGUAUUGCUAGAUAUGAAGUUUUGUUUGGUCGUCUCUUAGAACAAAGCCCAGUUUGUGAUUGCCCGGAAUCCUCAACCAUGGUUGAGACUGCGCUUUUUCGACUCAAGGAAGUUCACAAGACAAUGAACUCUGCUGCAGGUAAUCAUCAAAAGGCAACUGCUAUGUCAAGAACAUGGCUGUUACAGGAUCGUCUACUUUUCACAAGCCAGGCAAGUCUUCGGAUCUCAAUUGACUGCCUUCUCCUACUAACAUUACCCAGCCGGAAAACACAAGACACUGUUGCAGGUCGUAACAUCACCGGACAGUACCUUAUAGCUCUCAUGUAUGAGAAAUUCUUCGUUCUUGCUCAGCCUUCCGGAACACAAGAUGAGAUCUAUGCCAUUCAAGCCUGUAUUCCGAUCAGUGAGCUCACUGUGGAAGAUGUUGAUAACGGUAAAGGCUUACAGUGUCACACGGCGCCCCAUUCCUGGAAGAUCGUAUUUGAGCACAUCUCUCAACUCUUUGAAAUUAUAGUGAGCGCAUGCUCAGCAAAGGAAGAGUUGGAGUGGAAGAGCCGUUUGAUCGAUCGUUCUGGCAAACAGUACAAUAGCACUGUUCAGCAAGAAAUGACUGCAUCAUUAUCACUUGAUAUCAAGCCGAUGGGAACGGUCUAUGGAAAGCCGGGUACGGUUGCUCGACGCAACUCUAUCCACAGAGCAACAACAAUGAAAGGUCAAACUACCAUUACUCGUAGCGUAAUAGUUAGGAACACUAGUGCCACAGUCGAGCCUUCUCUUUCAAGCUCCGCUUCUCAGCUUUCGAUCAACAGAUCUCAAUCCCUAGCCGGUCCUCAUCGCCCUACAAUCCUUGCUCCUUCCCGCACAGAGCGUGUCCGUCUCGAAACCCUUCUCGCCGACGUCUGGACCCGCGAUAUCAUCCCUUACCCUGGCAUGGGCUCCCGACCGCACAGAGAACACACAGUCAGAGCAUCUGCAAGCUCCAUGAUGCGCAAGAUUAGUCACGCAAGCAUCUCCAGCAUCACAAAGCGCUCGGGUAGUAUUGCCAGUCUUCACAAGAGCGCAGAAGAUCACACGGCCACCGAACUGGAUAGUCUCAGACCGAUGGUUCUCAAUCGUCAAGCUCGUCACAACUCCAGCGAUAGUAUGCCGUUGCCCGAAGACGAACACUCCAUGUGCCAGGAUGUAAGCGGUGGAAGACAGGGUUCGCGACUUGCUGUGAUUAUUGAUGAGAAGGAGGGUAGUACUGGUACGGGAGCUGCUCGUUCUACAACUGCCAGUCCAAUCAUGGCGCGUCUUGCAAGUUUUAGAAGCAAGAAGAGCUCGGGCUCGUUGGAUGAUUCGUUGAAUUCUAAGCGCUCUUCCGCUUCCAAGUCUCCGUCGGGAAAGAGCUCGUUGGCUUUGCCAAUUGUUACGGCUGCUCAUGGAGAGGAGGUCAGAAAGGAGAAUGUAUUGCAUUCAUCGAUGACGGUUGAUGGUAGUAGUGGUGGAGAGGAAGUAGCUGGAGAUUUAUUGCAGGCGCAGCAGCGAAAGGGUAGAAAUAGGGCCAUGCUAAUGGAGGGAUUUAAGAAUCUUUUCCGUUAG